AUGGAUAUGAGUGAAAUUCUUGAAAUUUUUCAAGUUUCAAAUAUGGGCAACAUUACCGGGGAAGGCAAUAUAGGUGAAGAAGGUUCAGAGAGUGUUGUGUGUUCCUCGGAUGAUGAUACGGAAGACACGUUCAAUUCAAUGUAUGAGUGCAGUUUUGAUGAUGAAUUUGCGGUCGAUUGCACGACUAACUUUGAGAAAAUCAAUUUCAAGGAAUUAACCUACGAUGAAAUUAUGAUGUACCAUUUUCCGGAUCGUGUAGUUGCAUUCAAGUUUUACAAUAUGUACGGUUGUGCGCAUGGAUUUGCUGGUAGAAGAAGUCGCGUUGUUAAGAACAAGGAUGGCGAUGUUAUUCAACAAUCCUUUGUUUGCCAUAGAGAAGGUCUCCGGGAUGCAAGGAAUCUCAAUACUCGUGAAAGAAAAAGAGAGCACAAGCCAACUACUAGGUGUGGAUGUAUGGCAAAAAUUCAAGUACACGUUGACAAUGGUAGUAAUCGGUGGUACAUAAAAAUGUUUGACGAUAUUCAUAAUCACACAUUUUUUGAUGAGAAGUAUGAGGGGAUGCUACCUGCACAUAGAAAGAUGAGUGAUUAUGACAAAUUUCAAAUGAAAGCAAUGAGAAAAGCUGGCAUUCCUACGUCACGUAUUUAUGGUUUUUUUGCCUCACAAGCUGGUGGAUUCAAAAAUCUUGGAUAUUCAAAAAGGACCAUAUACAAUGAGCAAUUCAAGGAGAGGGAGAGGAAGACAUCUGAUGCAGAUGAAGCGGUUGAAUUUUUGAAGGAAUUGUCUAGGACGGACGAUAUGAUGUACUGGAGGCACACUGUGAAUGAGGAUGGAACACUUCAACAUUUAUUUUGGUGUGAUGGUGUUAGCCGUAUGGACUACAAGGUGUUUGGAGAUGUUUUGGCAUUUGAUGCUACUUAUCGGAAAAUUAGAUAUAAUACAUCGUUAGUUAUUUUUUCCGGUGUAAAUCAUCACAAUCAAAGUGUAAUAUUCGGCAGUGCAAUUGUUGGUGAUGAAACUGAGGUAAGUUACGUGUGGCUCUUGCAACAAUUUCUUGAGGCAAUGGACGGAAAGGCACCGGUGUCGGUUAUAACUGACGGAGAUUUAUCCUUGAGAAAUGCUAUCAGAAGUGUAUUUCCACAUGCUCAUCAUCGUUUGUGUGCCUGGCACUUGGCAAGAAAUGCAUCAAGCAAUAUCAAAAAUCCAAAAUUUGUCCCGAAGUUCAAACAAUGUAUGUUUGGUGAUUUUGAUAUCCAAGAGUUUGAAAGUAGGUGGGUGAAUUUGGUUGCUGAAUUUGAGUUGGAAAAUAACAGGUGGAUUCAUGAGCUGUAUGAGAAGCGGCAUCAAUGGUCAACUGCCCACAUUCGGGGUACUUUCUAUGUUGGGUAUAGAACAACCUCAAGGUGUGAGGGGCUUCAUUCUGAAUUUGGAAAAUAUGUUACCGUGUUGUCAAAUCUGGUGGAUUUUUUAAAUCAUUUUAUCCGGUGGCUGAGUUACGUCAGAUACAGAGAAAUAGAGGCGGAUUAUGCAUCUUCCAUUGGUGAAACCGUUCUACAAACCCAACAUAAAAGUUUAGAGAGCUCAGCAGCAAAAAACUAUACAAGGUCAGUUUUCAAGCUAUUUAGGCCUGUUUUGGAGAGAGCUUGUCGUUGUAAAAUCGAAGGAACUUUCUGCAAUGGUUCCAUUUUUCAUUAUAUUGUUUUCAAAUACCCUAGAGAUGACAUUCAUUGGACUGUUUCAUAUUGCCAAGAGCGAUUAACAUUUGAAUGCUUUUGCAAGAGAUUGGAGACAUAUGGUGUUCCAUGUGAACAUAUCGUAGCUGUUUUAGUGAAAAUGAACAUAAGAAAAUUGCCGGAAUCUGUUGUGUUGGAACGAUGGACCAGACGUGCUAAAGAUGUAAUCAAUGCCGAAAAUGGUAAUAGUUCAACUCACCGGGAUCCUGCAUUUGUAACUACGUAUGUUAUGUUUCUGGAGCGUUGCAAGAGGAUGGCAAACGCAGUGUUAAAGUGUGGCAAUCCAAACUAUAUACACAAAACCAUGGAAAUGGUUGAACAACACACUGAGAAAUUGGAAUCAUACAACAGGGGUGAAGUUGAUGAGAUGUUUGAUAGGUUUUCGAAGACAGGAACAAGUUUAGGUAAUCCGCACAACUCAGAAAAAGAGGUGGAGCAGCACCCGGUUCUUCAACUAGACGUGCAACUGCGGAAAAAAAAAACGGAGUACGCCUAA